AUGACUUCCCAAAUCGCUCAGCCUACUCCUAUCUCGGCUCCUCGCCCGAAUCUCGGCGUCAUGACCUCGCAAGACCUCUUCGCCAGUGUCAACGCUUCCUUCAGCAAGAACAGCCAGCCGUCAACACCAAGUCACACCAUCCAAGAGAAUGACUACUCUGUGCCAGCUCCUCCUCCUCCAAGCCCGAAAGCCCGUGGACCCCGUACCGAUGGCCCGGUGGCAAACACAUCCGGGGGUGGUGGUCCGUCGUUGACCCCCACAAAGCGCCGAGGCGCCUUAAAAGGGGAUCCGCUGGUCCCCUAG